GGACGAACACAUUCCCCCAGCCACACGCACAGCGGUGAAAAAGAGCGGGGAGCACACAGGCACACACACACACACACACACACACACACACACACACACACACACACACACACAGAGAGAGAGAGAGAGAGAGAGAGAGAGAGAGAGAGAGANGAGAGAGAGAGAGAGAGAGAGAGAGAGAGAGAGAGAGAGAGAGAGAGAGAGAGAGAGAGAGAGAGAGAGCAUGGAGUGGGGAGGGGCUGGACCUCCUUCGUACGGAGAUUUCGGGAAUAAGGAGGCAUUGAGGCAACUGGUGGUGAAUUUUUUGCUUCAGGAACAAUAUCUUUUAACUGCUUUUGAGUUGUUGCACGAGUUAUUGGAGGAUGGGCAGGCGUCGGCUGCGUCCAAGCUCCAGGAUUUCUUCGCAGACCAGGAGACUUUCCCUCCGGAUCAGUUGAUGAACCUUCAGAGUCUUCAAGGUUUGGAUUUGCAGAAGCUUGCUGAUGAGAAGCAGGCGGCGGCGGAAUUGGCCGCCGUCCGAGAGUACGAGCUUCGGAUCGCCAAGGAGGAUAUAAAAAAUCUCGAGGAAAAAUUGGCAAAGUUGGAGAAGAAGGUCAUUGCCACGUUUCCGUCGGGGGGGGGGGGGGGGGGGGGGGGGGGGGUAAUGAUGACCUCGACGGCGGCGGGCGCAGAGUCUUCAAAACCCGGGCUAGUCGUGGCGAUUAAUGGUGGUGUAGUGAGGAAUAGGAACGCGGCACCCGCCAGCAGCCUAGACGAGGAUACUUGUCCUCCUCCUCCUCCUCAUCAUGACCAACAUCAGGGUGGUGCUGGUGGUGUUGUUGUUGUUGGAGAGCAGGAGAGAAGGGAGUUGAAUCAUGCAGUGAAGGACUACUUAGUUUCAUCGGGCUACAAGCUGACGGCGAUGACUUUCUGUGAAGAGGUGAGCGAUCAGGAGUUCGAUGACGGCCCAUGUGGUGGUUAUGGCGUAGGUGGCACGCGCGACUCUCUUCACCGGUAUUACUCGUGCUAUGUGAUGGUCAGCAAUGGGAGAGAGGAGGUGUUGCGAGAGUCGGUGGAGGAGAAGGAACAGAGGGAUGCAAAAAUAGCCCAGUUAUCUGAGGAGAUAGAGGGUCUGCAGCGGGAAAUGCAGCGAAGGGCCGCGGAAGAACAAGAGAGGGAGAGACUUAGGGAAGAGGAAAGAGCUGUGGAGAGGGAAAGGGAGGCGGAGAGAGAGCGGGAGAGAGCGUUGGAGAGAGAGCGCGAAAGGCAGAGAGAGAUUGAGAGAGAGAGGGAAGAAGAGGAGAGGAAAAGGCGGGAAGCAGAGGACGUCAAGAACACAGAGGCCGUGGAGGAAACAUCAGCCAAAGUUGGCCAACAAACACGUGGUGGUGUUCCGUCUGGGCCAGCGGAUGCAUCGACGAUGAGCGAAUUGCAGCAACCCCAGGGGGAAGGUGCGGAGGAGGAGGAGGAGGAGGAGGAGGGAGAAGGGAAGGUCGUUAGCGAUUCGACGAACGGCAGCGAGUUGAAUCAGGCAACAGAAGAAGGAGGCAGCUCUUCUUCGAAUGGCUUUCUCAUCAUCCCGGAAGAAGGGGAAGACGUGUCCGAGUCUUCCUCGGAUGCAAUUGUUGAUGAUAGACGGGAUACGAGGGCCUUGUCGGCGGUGUCAGACAGAAGCGACGCGAGCGGGAGCAGCAAUAGCUUAACUGGGGCAGAAGAGAAGCAGGCGCAGAGUAGUUAUGGGGGGUCGGGAUCAGAGAGUGGGGAAUUGGAGACGACGACGACGGCGGAUUCGAGAGGAGAAGAGGAGCCGCCGCCGCUCACGCAACUACUAAAGGUUGACCUUGCCGUGCGGAAUGUUCAGGAGCGCGGGGGAAAGGAAGAAGGGGAGGCGGAUCGUGAUCAUCCUCCUGUUAUGCAGCAACCCGCGAUGGAUGAUGACGGCCAUCCACGGUCGGCUGUUAGAGCUGAUGAUGAUGAUGAUGAGGAGGAGGAGGAGGAGGUGAGGAGGAGGCAGAAGGUUGCGACGACUACAGCAGCAGCAGCAGCAGCAGCUGAGGAAGAGAUGAAGACCGUGAGAAUUAUCGCGGAAUCGCUGCCGAAAAUUGUGCCCGCUGUGCUGAUUGAUAAGAGGGAGGAAUUGCUACCGUUGAUCAUUGUCGCGAUCGAGCGGCAUCCGGAGUCGCAAGCUCGAGAUGUCCUCACUCACGGACUGUUUAACCUAAUUAAGAAACCAGACGAGCAUCAGAGGAAGGUGAUUAUGAAUGCAUGCGUGCAAUUAGCCGUGAGAAUAGGCGAGCAGCGCACGGAAGAAGAGCUUCUUCCUCAGUGUUGGGAGCAGAUCAACCACAAGUACCCCGAGAGACGAUUGCUUGUCGCGCAAUCGUGCGGAGACCUAGCCCAGUAUGUCAGUCCGGAGAUCCGAACUUCGCUAAUCCUCUCGAUUCUCCUUCAAUUGACGGAAGAUCCUGCGCCGCUGAUUCGAGAAGCGGCGGCAAGGAAUCUUGCUCUGCUUUUGCCGCUCUUCGACACGCUGGAAAAGUACCCCAAGGUCGAGGAAAUCGUGUUCAGACUGGUGGGGGACUCCACGGGGACUGUGGUGGACGUCGCCCUGGGAACGCUGGUGCCAUCGGUCGUGUCCUGGUUGACACAGAGGGGAGGGUGCUUGUCCGUGCUGCUCCGCAGCCUUCUGUCGCGACUUGUCGUGUUGCCUGGCAGAUGUCCUCCUUUCUCGGGUGUUGAAGGGUCUGUGGAAUCUCAGCUUCGGGUUCUUGGGGAGAGAGAGAGGUGGGAAAUCGACGUUCUACUGAGAAUGCUGACGGAGAUUCUGCCGCAGAUGCGGAGCGAAGUGCUCGCCAAAUUGCCGGUACUCGACUUCCCGGGCAGCGGCGGCAAGAAAGAGGUAGUCGGAAGAAAGGCGGUAGAGAGGGGGGAGGAGGAGGAGCAGGAGGGAGAAGAGGAAGGAAGGAGGAGAGGGAAGCUUAAAGGGGAAGACGAUGUCGAGGAGGAGGAGGAGGAGGAGGAGGAGAGGAAGAAAGCAGGCGCGGCGGCAGGCACCAGCGGCAGCAAAGGAGCUCAUGAUGAUGAUGCCGCGCAAUUAUCGUCGCGAGUAUCUUUCACAAAAGCACUCCUCGUUGCAUAUACCAAGUCGGGGAAGUCCUGGCCGGAGUUUGAGAGCAUUGCAAGAGAUCUUCUCCCUGGAUUAAUCCAGGUGGCUUGCACUCUGCAACCCCGAGAAGACGGUUUGCGGCGGAGGAUUUGCCAAUUACUGCUGCUGAUGGGCGAUGUCUUCGGCCAUCAUUUCCUCGCCUUCGUUGUCCUCCCCACGUUUCUCGUCUCCUCCGGUCAUUCCGCCGACACCUCGUACAUGCCGGACUUCAUCUCUCAGCGAAUCCAGUCUCUGAAGCCUUCCACUUCAGCAGGCGUUAAAUUGGCCAGCGUAUGUGUUCUGCCUCUGCUCUUGGCCGGCGUGUUAGGUUCCCCGCUGAUGGAGCGCAAGUAUCUUGCCUCCUUUCUGCGCGAUCUAGUGCUCAACUCCAGUCUGAAGAACGGCGCAUGGACGUCGUCUCACACCCCGGAACUCAUCAACGCUUUCAGCUUCGUCUGCACCUUCGACGAGCUGCAGACCUGUCUUCUUGGGGUGCUGUGGGAGCUUGUGAUGAACCCUCAUGCGGCUGUGCGAGUCACGGCUUCCAUCUUGCUGAAGGAGAUGGUGCCCAGCGUGGACAGCCGCACCAUAGCUCAGCAGGUGUUGCCGGCCUUGGUAACCCUAGGCUCCGACCCGAACGUGGAGGUGAAGUACUCCACCAUCGGCGCACUGGGAGCGGUCGCGCAGCAGUGCAAAGAUGAAGCGGUAGUGGACAAGGUGAGAGUACAGAUAGACUCGUUUCUGGAAGACGGAUCGCAUGAGGCGCUGGUGGGCGUGGUGAAGACGCUGACGGUGGCAAUACCCUUCGCGACGCAGAGUAUUCGAGAGUACCUGCUGCAUAAGGUCUUGAUCUUGGGUACGGUGAACCUGGGCAAUGUAGGCGGGGUUUCCCGAAAAAGAGAGAUGGUGGAGGCGCUCUGGCAAGCGGCGCGGGCGCUGAACGGGACGGAGAUGUCGGCGCAGGCGGUGAAGGAAUACUACCUGCCGGUCCUCAAUUCCUUGGUUAGGGAGGGCGAUCUCCUGGACCCCGGAAGCAGAGAAGAAUUGGAGGGGUUGAUGAGAGAGCGAUCGGGGAAUAAGUUCUUGGCAAUAGGGAAUGCGAUGUCGACGACCUUGCAAAAGACCACGAUGGGGACGAUUUUCGGGGAUGGAGGGUUGCUGGGAGGGGCAAUGAAGAAGGACAAUGGGGGGUCUGGAAAUAAUGGAGGAGGAGCAGCAGCAGGAGGUGGUGGGGUUGGGGGGGUGGGAGGAGGAAGUGGGGUAGGGGGAAUGUAUUCGCUCGGCAUGAUUGCGGGAGCAGGGGGGCCCGGAGGAGGUAUGGACUUCGGUGACAGGGAUGAACAUUCUCUGCCCGUCGUCUCCCAUUCCUACCCUCCUACCCCGCAGAAUGUCGCACCUACGCCCCCUCCACAAGAGGAGGGGAGGUUGAAGCGCAUGAUGAGAACCAGAUACGAAGAUUUGCUUCGGCCUCGACUCAGAUCCUCUCCCUCUAUGAACGAUAGAUGAUGAUGAUGAUGAUGAUGACAUCCAAUCCAAUCAAAAUCUAAUCUACGC